AUGAAUGAAGAUUCUCCAUUAUCAUGUAUCAACUGGCAAUCUUUCAAAGAGUUCUUGCAAGAGGAGAAUGAGUUGCAACAAGUCUCUCUCUUAAAGAAGAUACAGUGGAAUCUAGUGUACAUGAGCCAGAUGUGUAUGCUAGACAUCCCAUUUGGAAUCCCAAUAGUGAAGACCACAAGAGUUUUAGUCCGUAAAUGUUAUUCAGAGUUACGUGAUGAAGUAACCAACAUUGACAGCAAGAUGAGGAGCCGCAUCCAAAACAUAAGAAAUGAUGCCUGUCAUAUUUUAAAAGAUGGUCUAUUUUUUGCCGAUUGUCAAAAUGCAGCCGGUAUGAUACUUAUUCAAAUCAUGCUACUACUGGCUGAUCAAAAGCUGCCCGCAAAAGAAAUCGCUGAUGAGCUUUGUAUCGAGACACAAAAGUCAACAGUCAUUAUUGAGUUUCACUACCUUCCGCCACUGUCCAAGCUGUUUGUCUGCCAAGGUGUAUUGGCAACUGUACCGAAAGAUCAGUUGACAAGGCAUCUUGUGGGUGAUGAUUCUCUUUUGGAAAUGAUGUUUCAACAGAUCUGGUGUCUAGUGAGUGUAUUAAUGGAAUCGUUCUCUGCUCUCUCUGUUGCCCGAGCACUUGCAUUAUGGACAACUUGUGCAAUAUCGUAUGUGGAAACUGAAGUUGACGAUCUCAACGCAUUGAAAGCAUUCACUGGUUACCAGGAUAUCCCACAAAAAUUGUUAGAAUAUUCAUGGACAAACUGGGAUCAUCCUAUAGACUGCAUGAGGCAUCAAGUGAAUAGUAUUUUUGGAAACAUUAUAAAACUUCACCGAAAGUCAGCUGGAUAUAGUGGGAAUGCAGUCUGCAACAAUGAUGCCUUCAUUUGCGAUGUCUUACAAAAGAUCCUUUCAAGUGACCACCAUGUCCGUGGGAAAUACUCAUUCCUUGCCUGUAUUGUAGAGAACAUCGGUGCAGAGUUAAUUUUAAAACGGAAUCCAACAUUACCAACUGAACUUUACAUCUGCAUUAUGGAUCAAAAUCUUUCACCUUGUGUGGGCAAUCUUGUUGAUGUGAUGGCUAAGGACCACUUAAAACAAAUGACUGACAGCAGCAGUGAUGAUUGGCAUUUCACCUGGAUUGACAGUCUCCUGCAUGCACUGCACACCUGUCCACCAAUUCAACAUAAAUCAUACAUCAUGCAGGUGACACUUCCAAAACUUAUGAAAUGUAAUCCUUCAAGUGUCCAGUACAUUAUUGAAACACUGCAGAGUAGUAAGUGGGAACACCUGGAUGUCCAGGGCAUAAAGUCCCCGGAUGUUAAGUUAUCAAAGUCUAUGGUUCCCCAAAUCAUAUCACCCCUGGAUACCCAAGGCAUGAUGCCCCUGGAUGUAAGAGAGACCGAUCUUCUGAAUGCUGAGAAAAAGAGACCCGAAAAUGUUCAGGGCAUUAGACCUCUUGAUACUCAGGGCUCAAAGCACAUAAAUGCUCAAUCCUCAAAGCCCCUGGAUAUGCAGGGCAGCUGGCCCAUGGAUGCUCAGGCCUCAAAGUCCCUGGAUUAUAAGGGUAUGCGGCUCUGCAUGCUCAUGACGUGUUUAAAGACAGCUAGGGCCUCAAACAUUACCAUUACUGAGUUUGAAGAUGAUGAACAAGGUGAAGAGAUGUGGCAUGGACUUGUUGGAAGAACAACGAUCAGACAAGCUUUGUGUCACAAGAACAAUCAGGUUUGUCUAGAUACGUUUGCUUUGAUUUGCGAUACAAAGAAAACUGCAGAAGUCUUGACUGAUUGGGAUUUUGAUCUGAUUAAAUUCUUUCUACCAUACAACCUGAGCAGCCACUUACCAUCCUUUAGGCAGCAGUUGAUGAUGUUAAUAAAAAAGCUUCUAAUAAGGCUACAAGACAGCGGCAGACUCCAUUACAAGAACUUUAAGACAACAAACUGCCACAGCCAAUCAGAGGCAGCUAACAGGAUACAUGCAUAUAAGGGCUUUCUGGAUUGGUUUGUUGAGCUGCUGUUUUCUGGAUUACAGUCUGGUUCCUGUUACUCAACCAGGGUUUCAUCACUCUCUGCUCUGUCAAUUUUGUGCAAAUUUCAGUCUGGAUGUAGUUGGUAUGAUGACAGUACAAUAUUCUGUCCCAAAAAUGUUAAACUUCUUCUAAGAUGUUUUACUGACCCUUAUGAAAGUAAUAAGGUCAUGGCCUUUAACCUCUUGGUUCCACUUACUCAAGAACAGCUUGGAAUGCAGAAGUAGUCUUUACUAAUGAGCAAAUAUCUGGAGAGGCUAUUGUAUAUUGUUGUUCUUAGUGUGGUUACAGUAUUUAGGCAUGUCACAUCCAGUUACCAUGACAAUCUACAAGGCAUUGUGGGAGAUAUGCUUGAUUCCUUAUCAGAGCAAGUGGAGGUUGCGAACAGAAGCUUGAUAGAAGCGGCAGGGACAAGACCAAUGUACGGUGUUCUGCAUUGUGUACGAGAGCUAAUAGAAGACGUGAAUUUUCAUGAGCUUACUGUAUCAGUGACUGCCAAGUACAAGCAGCUUAUUGAUAAAUUGUUGUUGAUGUGUUACCAAGUGGCUGAGGUUGUUUCUCCUGUAGUGUGCAAUUCAUCACCAGAGGGAUAUCAUCCAGCCAAUCAGGAGGGAGAUGGUUCAGAUGUUCCACAGAUUGAUGAUGUUGCAGCAGUUGAACCGACCUGUGGGUCAAAGGUGUUAAAUGUGACUCCGCAAGCACUAUUGGUCUGUUGCUGGCGUAGCAUGAAAGAGGUGUCGCUGACGUUAGGCAAGAUAUCGCAACAGCACGAAAAAAGCCAGACACUUUUGAGUCAACAACAAGUGAAUGAAAUGGGGGAGUUUUUCAUUAAACUUUUGUUGGAGUCAAAACACAGAGGAGCAUUUGAACUUGCGUCAGUUGGCUUCAACCAACUUUGUGUUGUUCUGUGGAGGAGUAGUGUUGCUCCAUUACAGUCUUUACCGAAGAAAUGGUUGAAAGAUUUGCUGAAUGACAUCUGUGCUGGCGGAGACUUACUUUGUGCCACAAGACGCAGUGCUGGUGUGCCAUUCACUAUCCAGGCCCUGGUCACGUCUGAACCCAGCUCAUUACGAAGGCAAAGUCUACAGGAAGCUAUGGCUAUACUGCUACCACUAGUAUUCCCAGCAGAGCAGAAUGGUAAAGAAAUUACCCCACAAGUACAUGCAUUGAACAUUAUGUGUGCAUUGUUUAGAGACACAAGGCUUGGGGAGGAUGUGUAUUCGUUCAUUGCUGAUGGAAUGAGAGCUGCAAUAUUGGGUUUCAAAUCACGAUUAUGGAUAGUUCGUAAUUCCAGCACCUUGUUGUUUACAGCUCUUGUGAAUCGCAUUUUUGGUGUGCGUAGAGAGACAGAAGAAUUAGCUCGCAAAAAUUGCAUGACAGGACGAGAGUUCUUUACUCGCUUUCCGAGUCUCCAUGGAUUCCUGCUUGAAGAGUUAACUGCUUGCAUUGGAUCCCAAACCGGCAUGGACGCAGGAUACCUUCAGCCAAGCGUGUUUCCCAUCUUGCUCCUCCUAUCAAGAUUGUACCCAUCACCUACUGAUGGAGCAGACUCUAAUCUAAGUCUUGCACCCUUCAUUCCUAUGGUCCAGAGAUGUGGUUCAAGUGCUAUUUACAAGACACGAACGAUAGCAGCAAGAUCU